UUUAAAACUUUUCAAACACUUUUAUUUAUCACAAUAAUAUUUUUCGUAACAUAUACAGUGCGGAGUUUUCAAUAUUGCGGAAGCUUAACAAAUCAUAAUUACAAACAUAAUUUGUUUAUGUUCUUUAAUUCAAAACCAUCACAUCCAUUCCGACAAUCUCGCCUCCGUCUGCCUCCAGAAUCACGUCACAUCAUUCUUUCUAUUAACCUGCGUGUAGCAAAUAAAACAUACUACACGCUCAGCGGUGAAGCUGACAUUUUCUUAAUACAUUGUAUUAUAUAAUGUGAGUAUCCCUCCCCAUUUUAUAAGUGUAAUUUUCGGCCACAUAGAGAGAGAGAGGAGAAAAUUAUUAUUUUGUGUUACAAGUUAUUUUUCUAAAGUGUUAGAAAUAUACACAAAAUAUUAUAAACAAAUAUUUAUAAGAUAAAUAUUUUACUAUAUAUUUAUUACUCCCAAAGUAGUAUUACUAUAGUUUGUACUAUCCUAUAUUAAACUUGCUAGCACAAGUUUAAUCUUGGACUCCGGAGCAAGUUUCAGAGACUAUAUAUAUCACAAUUAUGAAAAGAGUAUCUCACAUUCUCAUAUUAUGGAAGGAACUUCUCGAACACUUCCUUACACCAUAAGAUUCGUUGGUUUACUUGGCAGUCAUUCUCUUGGUAAAAAUCCAAAGUUUAUGGCUACUGCAGUAGGAAGAGAAUUGAUAAGGCGGAGAAUUAGUCUUGCUUAUGGAGGAGGCAACGUUGGCCUACAAGGAGCUGUUGCUUCAACAGUCUUUACCAAUGGUGGUCUCGUUAGAGGUUUCAUUCCUGGGUACAUACCCACACGACGGGUCUACGGACCUACAUACGGCGUAGAGCACAAAGUUUCCAGCAAUUACUACAAAUAUUUUGAGAUGAAUCAUGCCGUGGAAGCUUUCAUCAUUCUUCCUGGAGGAGUUGACACUAUGGAAGGUUUGUUCACCUUGAUCUUGUGGGCUUCUGAAGGGUUACACAAUAGACCCAUUCGUCUCUUGAACAUUGACGGUUAUUUCAAUAACCUACUCAAAUUUCUAGAUGAUGCGGUGAGGCAGAACUUCAUAGCUUCCAGUCAGAGGAAACUUUUCAUUUCUUCUUUCUUUGUUGAUGAGCUUUUAGACAAACUAGAAUUUGCUAAAGCUUUCCCGGGACCUGGGGUUAGUUAUGAUGAGUUUGUGAAUCCCGGAAGACUAGACUUGGAAUUGCAUUUAUAACUUUCUUCACGUAAUCCAAGUUGUAUUUGUGUUUAAAUAAUAUUAUCCAUAAACAUCAAUGGUUAGUCAUAUGCGAGCUACAUUUGCUUCAUUCUUCAGUCUUUCACUGUUGGUGUCAUUUAUUCACGUCAAACGAGUCAAUCGAUUUGUCUAGUCAGCAUCCCUAUGUUUCACUUAGUCAAUUCAGACUACAUCGACGUUUUUGACGAUAAACAACUAAAUCAUUA